AUGGCGAGCCCAGAAGAAGCAAAGCUCGAAAUUUUCAUGCAGUGGUUACAGGCAAAUGGGGUGGAGCUACGAGGUUGCAAGAUCAAGUGCUGUGAUUCCAAACGAGGGUUUGGCAUCUUUUAUGAAAAAGAUGUUUCUGAUGGGGUUAUAUUGGUUGUUCCACUAGAUUUAGCCAUUACUCCAAUGAGGGUGUUGCAAGAUCCUCUUCUAGGACCAGCAUGUAGAGCAAUGUUUGAAGAAGGAGAUGUAGAUGACAGGUUGCUAAUGAUGCUGUUUUUGACCGUGGAGCGUUUGCGUAAGAAUUCUCUAUGGAAGCCGUACCUUGAUAUGCUUCCAACCACUUUUGGGAAUCCACUUUGGUUUAGUGAUGAUGAACUUCAAGAACUAAGAGGAACAAACUUAUAUCGUGCGACAGAAUUGCAGAUGAAAAGCUUGCUUUCUUUGUUCGAAACUAAAGUGAAGGAUAUAGUGAAGAAACUUUUGACUCUUGAUGGAAAUUCAGAGAUGUAUGUGCUGGAGCUAAUUAAUGUUGGAUAUAUGAAUAUGGUCCUAUUCAGUGAGGUGUUAUUUGAAGAUUUCCUGUGGGCGAACUCAAUAUUUUGGACCCGUGCUUUGAACAUUCCAAUGCCUCGAUCUUAUGUAUUUCCAGGAAUGCAAGAUGAUCAUGACAGUUGCAUACUAGAAGCCGAUGGAAAGAGAAGCCAGGUUAAAAAAUCUAACCAUCUGACCAAGGAAAUGACAUGUAAUAGUAACACCGUGACAGGAGAAACUGUUUGGGUAGAGGGUCUUGUCCCUGGCAUUGACUUUUGUAACCAUGAUCUGAAGCCGAUAGCGACAUGGGAAGUUGAUGGAACUGGUUUAGCAACUGGGGUUCCUUUCUCUAUGUAUCUUAUUUUGGCUGCUCAAAGUCCCUUGCAGAAUGACCAAGAAAUUUCCAUUAGUUAUGGAAACAAGGGAAAUGAGGAACUUCUCUAUCUUUAUGGUUUUGUCAUUGAUGAGAACACUGAUGACUAUGUCAUGGUCCACUAUCCAGCAGAAGCAAUGAAUACUAUUUCCUUUUCAGACUCCAAAUGCCAGCUUCUUGAAGCUCAGAAUGCUGAAAUGAGAUGUCUUUUACCCAAAACGUUGCUGGAUAAUGGAUUUUUUCCACUGGGGACCCAAAACAGUGGAGAAGAUAACAAGGGAAAAGCUGACCAAGUUUGCAACUAUAGUUGGAGCGGUCAGCGCAAGAUGCCGUCUUAUGUAAACAAGCUGGUGUUUCCUGAGAAAUUUAUGACUACUUUGAGAACCAUAGCCAUGCAAGAAGAAGAGCUUUACAAGGUUUCAUCAAUGCUGGAAGAGGUUCAGUUUCUAUACAAUAUUUUACUUCAUAUUUCGCUUGAAAUGUUAGACUAUUGA